CUUAUGGACGCGAUCGAGAAAAUCAUCAGAGAGGCAUUUUUCCAUCUACUAGUGUUGUACACCUACCAGGUAUAGUCCUACCACACUUUCUUGAUCCGACCGAACGGACCAGGCACCGUGGACGUGUUAGUGGCAGUGGUCGCAGUAGCGGCAGGUCCCGUGCUGGAAAGGGAUUGGAUUGUCGCCAAACCGGCCUAAUCGCUUUCUUAAAUACGCGUACUACUCCCAGUGUAAUGCUGAGGUGAUGCACCACCCGUUCCAGACUAACUGUUUCCCGGCUAGCUGGAAAAGUUAGUUGCAGAGGCGCAAUGCUGAUUGAUGGGGUCGUUUAUCCCAGCACUGCAGGUGUGCCAGCAGCCAGCCUGAGCCGUCACUGUAUCUCUUUAUUCUUCCCACUCCCCCAUUGACUCUGUUUUUUCCCGCUCCAGCCGACCUUCAACAGCAUCAGCAUCAGCAGCAACGACAACAACAUACACCAUACCAUCAGUUUCUGGCCAGUCGUUCAUCAUCGAGUCUACGUCGUUCGCUCGUUCGUCCCUGUUCCAUCUAGUAUCACUCGUUGUCAUCCAACUAUAGUCAAUCAGUCGGCCGUCCUGUCUGACUCGGCCUCUGCUGGUUUGAUCCGGUCAUUCCGCGCACGACUUGAACCACCAUCAACCGCCGUCGUUCACCUUCAUCACCAUGGGUCUCUCCAAAGGUGUUGUCAUCAUCAUCAGUAUUCUGCUUGCGGGCUUGGCCGUCGCAGCCGCUGCGGCUCUGUACCAAGUGACCAACCGCGACAAAUCCCAGAAGGGAUAUGGUCCCAGCGAACCCUCACAUGAGCAAGAUCUGUAUAUGCGACAAGUACGCGCGAGAAAUCUUGCAAAUCUCGGGGUUUCGCCUGUGUGACCCGCCCGUUCGUUAUAUUUGCGACCGGCGUGUUUAAAGUCUUGAUGUCGCGUCAAAAACCCGGCUCGAAACUCAUUGGACUCGGGCUGCUGAGACUCGACGAACUCACAUCCAAGCUUAUCCAUCCUCAUUGUUCCCAUCGGCUGUCUCUGAUCCAUGAAACGAUCUCCACGAUCCCCUCUCUCGGAGUAUGGUGUCUCACAUAGCAGCGAGCCUUGCAUCAAAUCUCGAUGAGAAGAAGCAAAAAAGAUAAAAGUCCUAUCUGCCGCAGCCGAGAAAAGACGGAUAUAUUAUACAUAACAACUGCCCGCGCGCGCCCAGGAUUCAGCAUCGGCAUAACGCGCCUGAAGAUGGUCACUGUAUCUUCAGGAUCUGAGCGAACCCUUUUAUCUGCUGGCCUGCACAGAGACGCCAGAGUCUCAGGCUCCCAAUCUCAGGGACCGCCUAAUAUCCCAUACGAGCUAGGCGUUGCUUGGCAAUCGAGUUGGAGAAGUCCAUGGGUUCUACUGGGAAACACACCUUCCUCCAUCUGAUAACCCAGUCCGAACACAAUCCGCGCAAAGUGCAUGGGGUCCACCCACAACACUUUCACAGUGACGCGGUCCAUGCAGUCAAGAAGACGAAUGAAUUUUAUGAAUGUCCCCAUUUGGGGCCGCAACGUGCAACGUUCAUACGAACUUUGAUGCACCAAUAGCCACGACAAAAGCCACACUUUGGCACACCAUCAGCAAUGCUGACUUUGGAGUCACCUGGGCCUCGGCUGGAUUUUGGGCCUCCUUUUGAUGUUGCGAUGGAGACUAUCUAUACUGGAGACGCUUUACAACUUGACUAUCCUGUUCAAGCAUUUCGACUCGCUUUCUGAUGUCACACUCCCACGAAAAGAAGCUGAAGAUCACGAGCAGGGUCCGUUGUAUACCUAUUGCAUAUGGCUGUUCCUCCAGCACACUGUGCUUGCCAUCCAAUCUACAAGGGAAGCAGCGAGCUCUUCCGCAUGCAACCACCUUUCGUUGGCGCCGAUGAGUCCCAAGUCAAACAUCAGACAUGUUUUUAAUGCGUCGCGCCCUCGUUGGGACUCUUGUGUUUCUGAGAGGGGGCGUGGCCAUCUCACAAGGUUCUGAAGGGCACUCGGAGGUACAAUAGCAUGGCCACUAACAUAUUCUUCAAUGGUAUCAUUAUCAUCCCUACCAAUAGCAUACCAUUCACGAGGACGAGCGAGAGGAGGUGAUCGAGAGCCAAGCGCACGAAAGAGAAUGGGAGAUCAAUGCUCAUGGGGGUCGGGCGGAGUUACAUAUGGUAUAUACGAGGUUUUGACUGAUGAGUUUCUUUCUGUUUGACUGGGAAAUGGAGAAUGGACAAUACUGUACUAUACAGAUAUCUACAGGGGUUUAAUGUAACGAGAAACAAGUGACUACGAAUGGGAUUGAGAUUGGGUAUAAUGUAAAGUACAUUUAGAUGAAUAUCUCAUUUCCUCACAUUUCAAAUCCUCUAAUUGUGGAACCCGAGUCGAACCAAACCAAAGUCAUCCAACCAAGUAAACCCA